AUGGCUAACUCAGUAUCUGGUUCAUGCGAAAAAUGUUCCAAAAGAUCUGAGAGGUUAGGACAACACUGGAGCACAGCAGGGUAUCGUUGUCCCUUAGAUUGUAAUGAUUUCCAGUGGGACCGAUCAGAUCAUCAUAGUCACAAUUUAUGUAAUACUUGUGGUAUGGAAUUCGAAAGGGUUUUUAACAAAAUACAGGAUAGAGGAAGGCAAAGGCAGUUCGAUAAACAAUUAUUACGGAUGAAAAAAGAUCACGCCUUGCAUAAAAUAUCCGUAAUUAUGGGCGAAAAAUACAGUGGAAAGCUUAAUAUCUAUUUGUGGCACAAUGCUAAAAGAGGUAAUAGUACUCGGGCGGUCGAGGCACGAAAAAAAUAUUUUGAUUGGAAACCAGUAAAUGAUCCACAUAAAUACAAAUUUCAUUGUGAAAAUGAGCUGUGUUUUCGUCCACUCAAAGCUAUCCAGGUAGAACAGGUCUUAAAUAGAAUAUAUUGUCGUUCUUGUUCAAGGACUGUUUCUCUUAGUUUAUAUCAGUCGUAUAACUGA